AGGCUACGACCGGUCAUCAAAUGCACACUCAGCUCAAUUGGUGAGAAAUCUGUGGUUGGGGACAGCUAUCUCCAGAUAGUGUUUGCCUAACUGAUGAGUGGGUUAGACACCGAUGAGGGUAGAGUUGACGAUGCUAGGUUGACACGUUCGAGAUCACUAAGGGUCCCGUGCGUGUUUCAGGCCCUACAACCGGGAGAUGAGAGACGGCUUCGUGCCGAAGUAAGAGCCCGUGCUCUCGCAGCAGCCAGGGAUACAACACUAGCUGCAAGUCAGGUGUUGGCAGCCGCAAACGCCGCAGCUAGGGAACAGGUUGCAGCAGCAGCCAGAGCAGCAGCAAUGGCUACCGCAGCAGCAUCCUCUGCUGCAUCCUCGUCUGGGACCCAAUUGGGGAUGCCCCCUGGGUCCACAGGUACUUCCGGAUCAGUAGGUUCUGGUCAGUCCACAAGUCAAAUGGCGGGCUCGCAGUUCAGCCCGUUGACCCCACGCGGGAGGGAGCUUCAAGAGCUCCAGCAAGUCGAGAGGAUUUGCGCACGGUUAGAGAGGGAACUGAAACAAGCAACCGAUAGAGAAAAGGAGAUCAAAAAUAGAACAGCCAGGCUUGAUACGUUAGAGGCAGACAAAGCUGCAUUAGAGGGUUUGGAUGAGUCAGCCAUGACUGACCAGAUGAAAGUGUUGAAGUCCAGCAUACUGUCGCUGCAUGCGCACGUGGACAACAGGUUGGACUUCAUGCAGAACUCUUUGGACCAAAUCUUGGACCUUUUGCAAAGGCCACGAUUACGGCCAGCAGCACAGUCGCCGUUGCCGUUAACGACGAUGUCAGGCCCCUUUCCGGUACAAGCUGGCACAUAGCCAAGUGGUACGUCUGCAACAGCCGCACAGAACUGUUGCUUCUUCUUCUUCUGGUCCAGCGGCGAUAGCUACACCAUCACCGCAACAAACGGUUCCACCACAA